AUGCUGACGCUGCUACCUAACAGUCCAGCCAUCAGCGACGUUAUCAGAGCUGCAGCCCCAGCCAUUCCAUCUUGUGAGAUUGGUACUUUCUUGAUUCUGGGACACCCUCAGGAGACGGAAACUCCAAUUUGGUCUUGUGUUUAUGCUGAGACAUAG